AUAUAUAUAUAUAUAUAUAUGCGUCUUUAUUAAUAUGACGAAUAGUUUAUUGUGAUAAUAUUCAAGGAAAAUAUAAUUAUAGGAAGAUUGAUUAAAAAAUAAUUAAUCAAUUUGUCCAUAAUUGUACGCGUUAAUAUGUAUGAAAUAAUCUAAAAGUUCGCAUUAGUAUGUAUGAAAGUUCAACUUGAAUAAACACAUUAAUGUUACGCCAUCUAACUUUGCAGAUGCAGAAUUAAAAUCAGUUUUAUCUAUUUUCUUUUUUUUCUCUCUCUUUUUUUUAAUAUUAACUCGGUUGAUAUUUACAAACAAUUUGUAUAUGUAAUUUAACUUGACAUGUCAAUAACAUCAAAUGGUUACAGAGCUUCGCAGUAUAUCUUAUAUAAGAUUAACCCUUCUGAUACUUAUUGCGUCAUUUACAUCGCGCUUGGUACGUUUUAAUUAGAAUCAUAAAUUAAUAGAACAUUGUUUGUGAAAACAUUUUCAACAACAUACGCAACGAAGAAUUUUUCGCUUUGGUGAAUUCUCAUGUAUAUUAUUAUUCUCUCUUACUCCCUAUUAUCUCUUUAUAUGUAGACAGCUUUGAUUUAGCUAAAUUGCCGGAAACGUUUUAUUUAUUAUCACUUAUUCUCUUCUUCAUCUGUAAUAAUGUCUCUCGUAUCAUUUUUCUUCUACGUAUAUUUUCUUUCUUGUACCGUUUAUCUUUGUGAAGAAUAAAAUAUUUCAAUUUCGAAAGGAGUUAAUUUUUGUGAAUGGGAUAGUAUGUAAAAAUUGAAUUUUCCGCCACUUUGCUAUCUCGAUUCUUGGAAGAGCCUGAAGUCGUUGUAAAAGAAAGCGGCAUUCAACAUGUAUUAAUGGCAAUUGGUGGCAAUCGUGAAGAGGCACACAGGGCGCGGCAAUGUUCAGUCGAUUACUUGCGUGCAUCGUCGUCGUCGUCGUCGUCGUCGUUUGUCGUCGACAAGAGAAGUCCGUGAGAGUGAGAAGGAUUUACAAUGCGGUGCGUUUGUCUUGUCGUUCAUAAUCGUAACAAGUUUUGGCUGUAACAAGAGCGCCAAUCAUAUAAUAGAAUACGUAAAAACGUAAGAAAGUGCAUGGUCGUGUGUAAUUCUAUUGUAGUCUUGUUUGUCUUUACCGUUCAUAGUGCGGCGAGGUUAUCGCGUCGAUGCUGCGUAAGAAUAGACCGAUCAAAAUUGUGUGCGCCUUACGCACGGGGUGUGAGAUCAUAGUCGAAACAUUAUGACGGACGGUCGCCCUUGUUGCAAUACGAAGGAUCGUCCCUUCCUUUUCCCUUGUCUUCAAACAUUAUCGUCCCGUGUAUCGGAGAAUAAGAAAACAAGAGAUGAACGUACGUGAACCGAGCUAAAUUCGAAAAUAUUAUCCUUGGUUCAAAAGUGAAAAGGUUUUAAACAGUCGAUCACUUUUUCGACGGAAGUGUUCUCGCUACGAUUUCACCUCGAGUGUCGACCGAUCAGCGACCAUGAAGAAACAGUUUUUCAGGGUGAAACAGCUCGCCGAUCAAACUUUUUCUAGAGCUGGCAAAACAGAAGUGCUCACGGAUGAUUUGCAAGCUGCAGACAAACAUGUAGAGCAGAUUAGAGCAGCUCUUACUGGCUUAAGUAAAAGACUUGGUAAUCAACCUAAUCAAGCAUUUACACAGGAACCUGCAUUUAAGGAGAAACGUUUGAAAAAAUGUCCCGAGUAUAUACUUGGACAAACGAUGUUGGAAAAUGCAACAGAGGAUGGUCUGAUGGGUUUUACUCUUUUAGAAUGUGGAAGGGCACAAAUGUCAUUAGCUAAUGAAACGGUUGAACAUGAAGCAAAGGUAGAACAAUAUGUUGCAGCUCCAUUACAGCAUAUUUUAGAUACUGACAUUCCAAAUAUAUUGAAGCAUAAGAGAAAUUUGGCACGAUUAAUUUUGGACAUGGACAGUGCAAAAACGCGCUAUCAACAAGCUAGCAAGCAUAAUGCUGGAACUGGUGCAACAAAAGCAGAUAGCUUAAGAGAAGAUUUAGAAGAGGCUGAGUCUAAAGUCGAGCAAUGCAGGGAUCAACUAGCUGCAGAAAUGUUUCAAUUAAUGUCGAGAGAAACAGAACUAGCGCAGACUAUCAUACAAUAUGUCAAAUUGCAAAGAGCAUAUCAUGAAAGUGCUUUACACUCUCUUGAAGAUCUUAUUCCUGGAUUAGAAAGUUAUAUCAAUAAUAAUGAAAUGAAACCUGUUUAUGGUUAUCCUCUUGAAGAACAUCUUAGAGUAACGAAUAGGAAAAUAGCAUUACCUAUACAAUUAUGCGUAUCCGCAUUACUGCGUUUAGGAAUGGAAGAAGAGGGUUUAUUUAGAGUAGCCGGUGCUGCAUCUAAAUCUCGUAGAAUUAAGCUAAGUUUAGAUGCAUGCUGUUUGACUUUAUCAACAGCUUUAGAAUACAAGGAUCCUCAUGUUAUUGCUGGUGCAUUGAAGUCUUAUUUACGUGAACUUCCAGAACCUUUAUUAACAUUUAAAUUGUACCCAGAAUGGAUGGCUGCUGCUAAAAUAACACAAAAUGAAGUUAGAUUACGUGCGCUCUGGGAAGUACUGCAUAAGCUUCCGUCUGCAAACUUAGAAAAUUUGCGAUUCCUAAUUAAAUUCUUAGCAGUAUUGAGCAAAAACCAGGAUAUAAAUAAAAUGUCACCUCAAAACAUAGCAAUCGUAAUAGGUCCUAACUUGAUUUGGAGUCCACAAGAAGAUGUAAAUACAAUAGUAAUGAAUAUGAGUACUACAAGUAUCUCUAGUCUUAUUGUGGAUCAGUUGAUAACAUAUGCAGAUUGGUUCUUCCCAGGUGAAAUAGAUUUUGAUCGUGACUUAGAAAUUGGAAUAGUCAAUGGCUCGGAACCUCAAGUGAUUGGUAUGCGUCGUUGUGUUUCGAACAGUAGUCUGAGCGAUCAUGGUGAAAGUCCACCCCAAGGCAGUCCAAAGCCUGCGGCUCGUCGAAAAAAUAAGCCAGCACCAACGCCACCAAGUGGUACAACACCUGAUAAAAAUGAUAAAAAGUGUGAUGAUAAACCGCCUCCAGCUCCAGAUAAGCCACCCAGACCUUUAAUGUCAGCUACACUUAACCGGGCAACAUACAAGGCACAAAAGCAUGAAGUAAAUACAGAAUUGCUGACUAGACAUGAAAAUAAUAUAGAAAAAGUUGACAAAAAUUCAGAUAUAGAAAUAAAACAUAUAGGUUUUGAAGGAAUAAUAGCUCAGGUAGAUAUUCAACCUGCAGACAACUGCGAAAAUAUUUCUGAAAUGAAUACUUCACAAUCUGAAUUGGCUAAGAAUAAUAUUGAUACAGAAAAAUAUAAACUAGAUACAUUAAAUGCGGAGUUGCAAAAGUCUGAAAAAAGAAAUGUUCCUGUUUCUCUUGAUAAAACCAUAAGUAGUGUAGAAAACAUUCAAAACAAGUCACCUAUAGAUAUUGACAAUUCGGAUGUUUCUUCGCCAAGACCUAAGCCAUUACCAACAGAAAAACCUGCUCCAUCUACAUUAGAAAGGAGAAGGCCAGUUGCUGCUCCUAGAAAUAUUACAAACAUAACGCAUAAUGCAGAUGAUACAGUCGAAUUACGUAAGAAGUCUGAUAGCAACAGUAUAACGAAUUUAAAUACAGGAGACAGGGGUAGUAAACCAGCAAUUCCAGAACGGCCUGCUGGUUUGGUUCGUCCGUCAAGCCUCAUAAGACAGCAGCCGCGUCAAAGUAAUGAAAAUUUAGACACCGAGUCUGGACCCCUUACUUUGGAAAGGGCACACAUGUACUCUGUGGACAAGCAACAGAGAAGUCCUAGUGUGGGUAGUCGACCUUCGUCUAUGUCUUUGUAUGGUGAACGACCAGAGAAACCUGCAAGACCAGAUGUCCCAGAUCAGGCAAAGGCACAUGCAAGGACUAAAUCUGAAGGCAACAUUAUUGAUGUUCAAACACAAACAGAGACUGUAGUUGUGCUUAAGUCACCACAACAACCUGUUCCAGCAUCUCCAAGAUUUCAUCAAAGGCCUCCUAGGCCACAACCGCCACCACCUCCGCCUCCUUCGACUCGGCCUAAAUCUGAACAGGAGAGUACCAAUCUCUAAAAAUUCUACACAAAAUGGUCUAUAUAAUUAUCGAUAAGCAAUUAAUGCGUCAUCGAUACUUUGUACGUAAUGAAAAGUGUUUUCACAUAGCACUACGCUGUAUGUGAUUAAAAAAACUUUCUAUGAACUUUAAACGAAAUGUUUAUGUAACGCAUAACUCUUAAAAAAAAAUAAAAAAAAAAAAAAAAAAAAAAAUAAAAAAAAA